CUGAAAUCCAGCUGCCACCCAUUGACUUCCCUCAUGGGUCAUGCAGAAAACACGAUGAUUUCUUCUUGAGAAUUCCAUCUGAUCUUUUCCCUCUCGAUCUGUGGGCCGGAAAGAAUGAGGUGUUUCCCGUUCUCCAGCUCCGACGACGGCGGCCGGAAGACGACCAAGUCUUGCGUUUCCGUCCGGUCGUCCGCCUCCACUUCGACGGAUCCGGAGCUGAGGAAGUCCGCCGGCUCAUCGGAGUUCAAUUCCCAGAACAAUGUGUCGUCCGCCGAGGAAUCGCCGUCGAGGAUCUCGGUGUUCCCGAGCCUGUCGUCGUGCCGGCGGCGAAACAAGGAGCUCAGGGAGUUCACGCUGGCGGAGCUGAAGACGGCGACCAAGAAUUUCAGCCGGUCGGCGAUGCUGGGUGAAGGUGGGUUCGGGUGCGUGUACAGAGGCAACGUCGUGAUCGAAUCUCAGGAUUCCAACAAACGGAUUGACGUCGCCGUUAAACAGCUCAGCACCAGAGGCUUGCAGGGGCAUAAAGAGUGGGUGACGGAAGUGAAUGUUCUUGGAGUAGUAGACCAUCCGAAUCUGGUGAAGCUGGUGGGGUACUGCGCGGAAGAUGACGAGAGAGGAAUCCAACGGCUUUUGGUGUAUGAAUAUUUAGCCAAUCGGAGUGUGCAGGAUCGUUUGUCCAGUCGUUUCCUCUCGCCAUUGCCGUGGUCUGCAAGGUUGAAGAUAGCACAGGAUGCUGCUCGUGGCCUCGCAUACCUUCACGAAGGAAUGGACUUUCAGAUUAUUUUCAGGGAUUUCAAAUCAUCCAAUAUUCUGCUGGAUGACCAGUGGAAUGCAAAGCUUUCAGAUUUCGGGUUGGCCAGGCUGGGCCCGUCGGACGGAAUCAGCCACGUGUCCACGGCGGUGGUGGGCACGGUCGGGUACGCGGCGCCGGAGUACAUCCAGACCGGCCGGCUCACGGCCAAGAGCGAUGUUUGGAGCUACGGCGUGUUUUUGUACGAACUCAUCACCGGUCGAAGGCCGAUGGACCGGAACCGGCCCAAGAAUGAACAGAAACUCCUGCACUGGGUCAGACCGCACAUUACCCAGGACUUAAGCAAGUUUGAGAAGAUCUUGGAUCCUCGUCUGGAGGGGAAAUACUCCAUUAAAUCGGCUCAGAAACUGGCCGCCAUAGCCAAUAGGUGCCUGCUGAAACACCCCAAGAAUCGGCCUAAAAUGAGCCGGGUCCUGGAGAUGGUGAACCGGGUGGUGGAAGAAGAAAGUCCUGAACCGGCACCGGAGAGCUGUAGUGCCGGCGAAGAUGGCAAUGGAGGAAUUAAGGUCAAGUGUUUGAACACAAGUUUUGUAGAGCAUAUAGCCAGAGACAAGAAGUUUGGCUGGAAAACAUUGAGAGUUGGGAUACUAAAGGGUACUUAGAAUAAGGAUAAUAGGAGAAUUAUGCUCCAUUUAUUGAAUCAGUGACAAAUUAUUUUUUAAUUCUAUGUAUUCCUUAUAUAAGUUGUACAAAUUAAAGGCAAAAA